AUGGCGAAUGAAUUCAGGCUGGUAUCUCCUGGAAAAGACCACGAGGGAAGGCUACCAAGAAAGUACACAAGCGACGGACAGGGUGCUCUGAAGAACAUAUCGCCGCCGUUGGAGUGGUACAAUGUGCCGGAGGGGACGAAGAGGUUGGCACUGGUGGUGGAGGACAUUGAUGCCCCUGAUCCUGAUGGGCCUAUCGUGCCGUGGACUCACUGGGUGGUGGCGAACAUCCCACCGACGUUGAAGGAUCUGCCGGAGGGGUUCUCUAAGAAGGAAGAUGAGAUGGGUGGUGAGUAUGCUGAGAUCAAAGAAGGAAACAAUGAUUGGAAGGUCCCGGGUGGCGCGGCCCGAAGCUGCCGUCGCCGGGGCAUCGGUUCCAGUUCAAGCUCUAUGCAUUGGAUGAUGAUCAGCUGCAUCUUGGACAUGAGGUUUCGAUUUGGAUAUGGGUUUCUUUUCGGGUCUUUAGUUUGUGUUACUUCUUGUUAUAUAAUGGAGGCAUAUUUUAUGUAUAAUAUAAUAAUGAUAUUUGGUGAUGGUACAAUUGAUGGCAUUACAGGUGACGAAGGAGAAGCUGUUGGAGGUAAUAAAGGGGCAUGUGAUUGGGGAGGCGCUUCUGGUGGCAAAAUUCUAAUAAUUUGGUUUUUUAACUUUGUUUGUCCAGAAUAA